AUGCCCCUAGAUAGAUUGGUGUACAGUAAACUUUUGGAGAUUUUGGAAUUGUCUGAGAGAGGUGACACUGAAACCCAGAAGUACGUUCACGAAAAUCUGGCCAUUUUUGAGCAGAACAGAAAGGAUGUAAGUCUUUAUUAUUUGGAGGCGUCCCUGGGUGCAAACUCGUUUCAUUCAAAACAGAUGGCGCUCCUCCUGCUCAAAAAAAGCAUACUUCAAAGCUGGAACCAGACGGAACUGGGAAUACAGAACCUCAUCAAAAGUGAAAUAAUCAAGAUCGUCAACCUGAAGGAGCCGCAGCUGCGGAACGUCGUAGCCUCGUGCUACGUAACAAUAUUCAACGUCGAAGGUUACCAGAAUUGGCCAUACGGAAUCGAAAACCUUCUGGGCAUCAUAUCGAACUACAACGAUGAUUUCGUAGUUGAAACGGCAACAGUGACGCUCAUAAUGAUCCUGGAGGACUCUCUGGCGCCAGGAUAUCCAAUGUCUCCUCCAUACUUAAAUUAUCUGAAGAGCACGUUCGUAACAAAUUUGUUUCAAGUGGCCGCAAAAUCAGAUGGCGCCACUGAACUUGUGUCCAGAAUUAUGCUGGUGCUACUGGACUCCAAUUUAAUUUUGGAAUACCUGGUGGGUGAAAUGUUUAACCCAUUUUGGAAUCUACUCGGAAGAAUGGCGACUCAAGACAACUACAACGUGAAGAAGUGUGUGUUGAAGGGGAUGCUCAAGGUCUGGGACUUCGCGCCGCUGUCGAUUCUGCAGUCGAGCGAAGCAAUAUUUCCCUUUAUAACAAAACUGUGUUCCGAUGACGCCUACACAAUACAGAUAGACGCAUUGGAUUUCUACACUCACAUCUUGCAAUCGCAGUUGUAUCCCAUCGGUAAUCAUAGUUCAGUAGAUGAGAUUAGAAACAUGCUCCUUACGAAGAUGAACAAGGAGUUCCCAAUGCUGCUUAAAAUACUGGUGGACAACACGAGGUACUCCUCCUGGGACUACAUGUCGAUGGACCGGACGCACCUGGAGGACGAUAACGCGAACAUACCGGAUGAUAUGCAGGACGUGCCAAUAAAGACGAGAGAGGACGAGGACACGAACACGUGGGGAAACACGUGGACGGUGAGGAAAGGAAGCGCGCUGCUGCUGGACACAAUAUCUCAGCUAUACGGACACAACAACAGCCACGUCAUCAAGGUGCUGCUGGGGUACAUCCAGGAGAAGCUGGACAGCAGCGACUGGGAGCUGAAGGAAAGCGGAGUGCUGACGCUGGGAGCAAUCUCGAAGGGCUCGCUCUACUCGCUCUUCCCGUACCUGCCGAAGGUGGUCGACUACCUGAUCCAGGUGGCGAGAGACAGGAAGCCACUGCUGAGAAUCAUCUCAUGCUGGUGCCUCUCGCGCUUCGUGGAGUGGAUCGUCAUGCCGGAAAACAGCAGAAACUACCUGGAGAGGAGCCUCAUGACCAUCCUGGAGUGCAUGCUGGAUCGCAACAAGAGGGUGCAGGAGUCAGCCUGCUCCUCAUUCACGUCCUUCGAGGAAACAGGAGCGACGCAACUCGCGCCGUACGUGGGAAGGAUCAUGCAGGUGCUCAUCAAGUGCCUGGGAGUAUACCAGGCGAGGAACUUCAUGAUACUCUACGACGUCAUCGGCACUCUCUACCAGAACGUGGGCGAGCAUGUGGCGGCGGACGCAAACCACCUGGUGCUCGUCGACCUUCUGCUGAAGAAAAUGGAGUCCACGCCGACGAGCGAGACGCAGUUCGUGCCGCUCGUGGAGUCGCUGAGCAGCGUCGUCACGAACCUGGGGAACAGGCUGCCGGUGGUCUUCGUGGAGAAGCUCACGAAGGCCUCGGUGCUCUCGCUCUACCAGCUGCUGAGCGACGACGUGGAGAUGAACAACCAGGUCGUGGAGGUGCUCUCGGACAACAUCUCAGUGCUCAUCACCUCGAGCUCAACCUUCGAGGGCGCACCGGAGUGCCGCGGAGGCUACGACAUGACCAGCGUCGUGCUCUCGGUCCUCAACAGCCUCAAGGUGACCAACAACGUCGACAUCGUGCGCGUCAUCACGGAGCUGUGCGACUACAAGAUCAUCAACGUGCUGCAGUCAUGCAUCGCGCUGCUGGGCGACCUGUGCAACAACAAGGUCCCGCUGACGGAGCAGGCGCUCGCGAUGCUCGUCGCCACCGUGCAGUACUACCUGGGCGGCGGCAGCCACGGCGCGAGCAUCAACAGCACUGCGACGACGAGCCUGGAGACGAGCCGCUACAACAGCAUCCAGUCGACCUACCACGCGGAGCAGGGCGAGCCCGAGGACUACUUCGGCGUCCUCAACAACUGCAUCUGGGUCUUCGGCGUCGUCUGCGACCACCAGGUCGCGCUCUACAGCGGCGCCAACCUCGACGCCGUCUUCAUGCUCGUCGUGCGCAUCUUCAACCUCUGCGCGAGCAACCUCUGCGUGCUGCAGAACUGCUCCGUCACCGUCGGCAAGUUCGCCGUGCACUUCCCCAACAUCGCACUCAGGUACCUCAACGCGUUCCUGAACCCGCUCUGCCAGCACCUGAUUUACUCCAAGAACGACAGCGAGAAGCUGCGGACCGUCAUGGCCGUCUCGAACGUGUUUCUGCUUUACCUUCAGCAGACUCCGCAGAUUGACCACAGCGGCGGCCUCGUGUCGAGUCCGAACACGAUCCGUCUCGGCGUCGAGGAGAUUGACUGCUGCAACGUCGUGCUUCUGUUCCGCCUUUACACUUCCAUCACCAAGGGCUCCAUGGACACCUUCGGCGACUCCUUCGGCUCCAACUCCGAGCUUCUCAAGGUUGCUGCCAGCGUCAUUAAAUCGCUCGUCAAGCUCUACCCCAAGUUGCAGGACUUCAUCGACAUGGUGACGAAGCAGGAGAUUCAGCAGCUUCUUCAGUAUUCUUAA